GGCCGAGGCGCGGGUCGGGAGGCGCUGAGGGGCGGAGCGGGGCAUCGGCACCGAGCUGCUGCGGCCGACGGCGUGGGAGUGGGGCGGCCGGCGGAGGCCGCGGCCUAGCUAGGGUGGCAAAACACAAAGGAACCUCAGGAUGUCUGUAAUUCAGAAAGGGACAGCCACGCUUCGUAAAGCGAAGAAAAUCACCGUAAAAACGUGUCUAGAUAACCCCUUUGGUUUUCAGUGGAAAACCAUCGAUGGAGAAGAUAUGCAUUUCAUCCUGCAGACUUUAGAAGAAAGGAUUAAGAAUAUUGGACUUAAAAAGAUUGAGACUCAAAGAAGGAAAAAACGUUCCCUUACAAAAAACCAAACAGAAAGUGUGUGUGAUGCUAGCACCAAUGAGCUCCCUACAGAAGAAACAGAAGGCCAUCAACAAAAACCAGGAUGGACUGACAUAAGUAUCAGAAGACAGCUUGCUAUUGGUGUUAACGAAGUUACAAAAGCCUUGGAAAAAAACGAACUACUUCUCUUGCUGGUGUGCAAGUCUGCAAAACCUCCCAUGAUCACAUCACAUCUUAUUCAGCUGAGUGCAAGUCGAGCCACACCAGCAGGGCAAGUUCCCCGUCUCAGUGAAACAGUUGCACCACUUCUUGGCUUAACAUCUAUUUUAGCAUUAGGCUUUAGAAAGCAGUCUGAUAAAUUUACUGAAGCAAUAGAAGCCAUAAUUCCAAAGAUACCAGCUUUGGAAGUGCCGUGGUUUCAGUACAGAACCGAGGACUUGGUGGCUCAUGCAGAAACAGAUUGUUCAGAAAGCGAGGAAGAUGAGCAGCUUGCAGAGGCACCGGGGGAUGAGCUCACAAGCCAGAAGCGGAAGCGUAUGGAAAGCAAUCAGCUCGAUCUCUCACAUGUAAUUCUGCAGCCUUUGAAAAUCAAGAAACUUGUUCCAAAUCCAAAUAAGAUCAAGAAGCCACCUCGCAAAAAGAAGAAAGCUUUCUCAGCAUAACUGAUUCAGUUUGAUUAUUCAUAUUAAACUGUUGUGGUUUUUUUUUUUAGUGCAGUAUAGAGUACAGCUCUAGCUGAACUAUCUGUAAGGCUUUACAAUGUAAAGCACUUGUAUUCAAGGUGAAUUUUGUGUUGCAUUCAGUCAAGGUACUUUCUGCUUCAAUAAAGAAUAUUCC